AAAACAAAAUAAUGAUAAAAAAACGAUGCUUCCUACACACUUGCAGAGCCUAAAUCCAAAUCAAUUUAUCGUUUUCAAUAGCAAAAACCCCAAAAAAACAAUUGAAAUAAAAGCAAUCAGACAAAAACCUAGAAAUCUUUGAGUGUUUGUUAGGCUAAAACCACGAAAGAAAAACCGAACUCAAAGCUAAAAGACCGUAUUGCAUUUUUGUUGCUUUCUUUAACUUUUCAAAAUCUGGCAACCAUAGAAGGAUUGAGGGCACGUUCAUCGUUGAAACACGCGAUCUACGAUACUAACAACGACGACGAAGAGUGUAGGCCUUGGCGUCGUAGGUUGUCAAUGGCUUUCACCUGGGGCUCUGCUCUCAGGAUAACUCUUCUUCUGCUUCUUCUUGCUGCUGUUAUUUUUGCUUGUUUCACCCUCCCUGUUGAAAAGAUUUUGAAGGAUUUUUUGUUAUGGGUUGAAAAGGAUCUUGGACCUUGGGGUCCUCUUGUGCUUGCUGUUGCUUAUAUUCCAUUGACAGUCUUGGCCGUUCCAGCUUCAGUGCUUACACUUGGUGGUGGUUAUCUUUUUGGAUUGCCCGUGGGCUUCAUUGCAGAUUCUAUUGGUGCAACUGUUGGCGCAGGAGCAGCAUUCCUUCUGGGCAGAACAAUUGGGAGAUCAUUUGUUGUUUCUAAGUUGAAAGAUUAUCCUCAGUUCCGGUCAGUAGCAAUUGCAAUACGGAGAUCCGGCUUUAAGAUUGUUUUGCUGCUUCGACUUGUACCCUUACUCCCAUUCAACAUGUUGAAUUAUCUGUUGUCUGUGACCCCUGUCCCAAUUGGAGAAUACAUGCUGGCCUCUUGGUUAGGGAUGAUGCCUAUAACCCUUGCUUUAGUUUAUGUGGGAACAACUCUUAAGGAUCUUUCUGAUGUGACUCAUGGAUGGAGUGAGUUUUCAACUGCUCGUUGGGCAUUUCUCAUCUUGGGCCUUGCUGUGUCUGGCCUCCUAUAUACCAAAAAAAUGUCAUCCCCUUUGGUGGGUCACAAAGUAAUAAUAACAGCCGGUGAUAUAAGAGCAAAAGUUUCCAAGUCUCAGGUGACCAAAAGUUUGGAGUCCUUCAAACGGAAAAUGCCAGGGUUGGGCAUUUUUCACUUUGGAGGGUGCUUUGAUGGAUGCCGUGAUCAUACUCAAGCAUCAGGAUUGGGCACCAGGGUCUGGAACCUUAGUGACAGGCCAGUAGAGCUUCAAGUAAGGGUAGGAUCAAUACUAAAAAAAGUUCACACGUUGAAACCAAGAUCUUCAAAGAGACUGAAAUGCAAGAGCAUAUACAAGGCCUAUAUGCCUGGAAGAAGUGGCAACAGCAGUGGAGGAAUGAAGAGCUUGCUUUAUUACUAUGAUGAAACUUGUCAUCCUUACAUUUGGGUACAUAACACUGGGGGUGAUUCUUCAAGAAUGGUUAAGCAGCAGUAUAUUAGCCUUGAUGACCUGAGGGAUUGUUCUGAGAUAAGAAUUUUCAUAGAUCAUCAGAGAGGCUGCAUAUCUGUUCGCAAGAAACCUAGGCCUGAUUUUUGCUGAAAUAUUAACUCUUCCAUUUGUAAGUCUGCAAUAUCAUUUGUUGUUCAUGGAGAUUAUAGUUUGUUUUACACUGAUCUUUUAUAUCUUACCCUUAUGAUCACUAGUUGACCUUCCGUUGUUUUUUUAUUAUGAUCUAUUUGAAGAAUUAAAGAUGCUAUUGUUAUGUUUCAAGAUAUGAAACAAAAAAAAUUAUACAGAAUGAAAGUAAUGAUC